AUGACAACCAACGAGGACCGCGAAGAUGCCGUCGCCAUUCUCAACUGGGAAGGAACAGUGAGCUCGUGUGCGUUUCGACACAAACAAACAAAUUGUAUUUACAGAACGAAAUUAGAAGUGCCAACGAUUAUGGCAGAAGCCUUCUUUUCUCUGUUCUCGAUUCGUUAGAAGGCAGCGUUACGAUAGUUUGGGACAGAGAUAGGAGUGUCAUGCACAGAGUCAAUUUAGUGAGUUCGAUUAUUUUUCUUGUUUCGUUUCAAUUGUUCAUCUCCAGUUUGCCGGUGCUUCAGUGCUUGCGGCACAUGGAGUCGUUGCAAAUCACACUAUCGAAACGAAAAAUACGGUUACAACGCCGCACGUCGUCUUCUUUCUGGCGCCCACAAUGACGUCUCUGGAUCUGCUCUGCGACUACAUGGAUAAUGUGCCCAAUGACUCCGUACGUAACCUCUUCAUUUCCCGUUUUCUUUCAUUCAAACAAUGUUUCUUGCAGAAAGUUCUCUAUCAAGUUUUCUUCAUUCCCGAAGCGUGGUAUGUCGUGCGGGAAAGUUUGAAACUGCGAUCUGAAGGAAAAGUGAGCACAGAAACGGCCAUUUCCAAUUCAACCCUGAUUAUUUAAGUACUGGGAGAGACUUGAAUCGGUCAAGGAGAUCCCGCUGUGCUGGCUGCCACGUGAAGGCGAGUGUUUGUCUCUGUCGAAUCCUCAAAUCGCUUCAAGGUUGCACUCGAUUCUAUAAUGUCUUGUAUUUAAAUUCUUUCUGCAGACUUCUGAUCAACGGCGACUGGACGCACUUGCACAAAUGCGCGGUCGCAUUGAACCAACUGGUAGAUAUGUGUCGUGGACGGUCCACUUCCAACCAAAGACCCAUUUCUAUUUUGGCCAAGGGAAAAUGGGCAACUGAUGUCGCACGGAUGAUGCAAAAAGUGCGGAGUGCUGUGGAAACAGAUCACGUGUCGAAGAGUGCGGACCCAGUUGACGGCCUACUCAAGAUCAAUCGGAUCGUUCUUAUUGAUAGAUGGCUCGACCCUCUCACUCCGAUGCUCACACAAUUGACGUUCUCUGGUCUUCUGGAUGAGGUUUAUGGCGUCGGAAUGAUGAAUUCGGUUAAAGUUCCAGAAGCAGAAUUUGACGAAUCGAAUGACGGAGAUCCGUUCAAAGAGAAGGAAAUCAGCCUUAUCGACGAGGUGUUAUGCGUGUUUUGUUAGUAUCUAAUAUUUGAUUCAGGUGUAUCAUCGUCUGAAACACUCGCACAUUAAUGCAGUCAGUAUCGAAUCGUCGAAGAUUCUGUCAGAACUGAGAGACGAUGAACAGGUUCGUAGCUUGAGUGAACGGAGAAAAAGACGAUAAGCAGCACAUUCAGUAUGACCGUGAGAACAUGUCAGUGGCCGAGUAUUCCGUUCUUGUGAGGAAGAUGCCUAAGAUCCUGAACAAGAAGAAGGUUAUAAAUAUACACAUGAGACUCGCCCAGAUGAUCCGUUCGCACUUGUACUGCAAACUGUCUGAUUCUGUGAAGACCGCGCGAGGUUUUUCGGAAAGCACGCGGAUCAAUAUAAUUUUUCUGUGUUCAGAGCUUCUUGACUCCUCUGACAGUGAUAGAGCAAUCACAUUUAUCGAAGACGAAGUGUUCGAUGCGGCGCCACUGAACGGAGUGCUCCGUCUCAUUUCCGUGCACUCUCUGACGUGCGGAGGUCUCAAGCCGUCGGUUUUGCAACAUUAUCGUCGAAUUGUGAAUCAAAGCUACGGAUCGUCAGCACUAAACAAGAUUCUGAAAAUGCAAAAAAUGGGAUUGAUUCGCGAGAAAGGCGGCGGCGGAAAGAUGUUGUGCGAGUAUGCUCCGAUGAUGUUCCAGCAAAAUAAAAAGAGCUACGAUAUGCUUCCGGACACUGUGAACGAGGAGAAACUCAACGAUAUUUCGUACGCGUACAGCGGAUUCGCACCGCUAUUGUGCAAAAUGCUGGAGGAAGGGGACCGUGUGAAAUGGACUGGAUGGAAGAAGACGAUAAUUGGGGACGAUUCGGAUCCGAUGUCAGAAAACGAUAUGCGCGGAACGUGCGUGUUUGUUAUCGGAGGGCUGACUCGUUCUGAACUGGCCAUCAUCCGGGAAAACAUCCCCAAUGUGGCUUUGAUUACAACGAGUGCUCUGAUAACUGGCGAUAAGCUGCUCGACAAUAUCACAAACAUCUAA